AUGUGGUCAGCACGCACUGGAGACCUUGCAGCUUGGAAUGCACCGCUUGAAGAAAGCCCGCCGUUGACGAAAGAAGAAAGACUUGUCCGAGCACACCAAGACCAUUUCGAAUUAACAUCGCUCAUUAUUCCCCAUUGGCUCGUCAGCGUGGCCGAAGGCAAUGAUAUGCUGUACUUGGAGGCCUUUCUUGACGGCGUAGAUUAUAAAGCUAGCGGUGGUGUUGCCAAAUCGAUUUCGAUGGAAUCGACAAGUCAAACUGGUUCUCGGACCACAAGUCGAGAUCAGACCGGUGGUUGGGAUUUCGUUGAGGGAAUCGCGAGAAUCGAGGCAGCAGAUGAAUCUAAGAAGCGACGCCUUCACCAAUUCUACGACAUGUCUACUGAGGCCAAAGUGAAGAAGAUUGAAGAAAUGUCCACGCUUCGGCCUCUCCAUAUCCCCCCAUUCCUAAUGUCUCAACGACCACUCCCGAAAGGCUGGAUCGAGCAGAAGGAUCCUAAUACCGGGCAUACUUUCUAUGUCGACACUGGGGCAAAUCCGCCUCGUUCAAUCUGGGUACACAUUUCUAUCUGUCUCCGUCGAGUCCAUCCCCUCGAAGACGAGCAGUAUCUGAGAGAACAUCCUGAAGCUCGAGAGAAGGCCAACGCGACGCCACCAGGCUACUAUACUCCCCCAGCUGGACCCCCAACCCCGACCGCACCUCUUCCAUCACCCUCGACUCGUCCAGGCUAUGCGCCUCCGACUGGUCCACCAAAGAAACGAGGGCUGUUUGGCAAGCUGCGGGAUAACAUUAGUGGCUCCACUCCAGAACAGCGUCAAGCCGAGAAAGAAAUGGAGCAGCGCCACAAGGCUGAACAACGAGAACAAUUGAUCCGACUCCGAGAACAGCGACACAGAGAGGCCAUGGCUCAACAGGCAGAAAUGUAUCGUCAACAACAAAUGUACCAGCAACAAUACCAACAACAACAACCUUACGGUGGACAGCCACAGUAUGCUUACGGUCCUCCACAGCAGCAGCAAAGAUCUGGGUUUGGAGGUGGAGGCAUGGCUCUUCCUCUGUUGGGUGGUUUGGCAGGAGGACUUUUGAUUGGAGAAGCCAUGGAUGGGUUCGGUGGAGACGAUGGAGGAGGAGAUUUUGGUGGAGAUUUCUAG